AUGGAACAUGCAGGUAAUAAGAUUUUUAAGUCUCCUAAUUCCCAUGUGGUAUCGCUUAAGGCAACAAAUAUAGAGGGAUAUUCGACAAAGCGAGCACUAUCCGUAGUAGGAUUUGGUUCCUCUAAUGUUAAGAAAGCCAUAGAUUCCGAUGAGAAGAAAGCACAAGAGGAUGCAGUGGUGACAGAUUAUGAACCACCACAUCGGACGCCACCAAUUCACAACAGAAAAACUUAG